UGUUGGAACGCGUCUACGGAAAGUGAGAAAAUGGCGAAUUGUCAGAGGGAGCGAACACGUUGAUUGUUUUUCGGGAAAUUUGUAAUGAAAAGUCCAGCCGACUGGGAGAGAGUGGUGUGAAAACAUUAGCCGAGUGUCUGUGUAGUGUAACCUGGCUCAAGAUGGCGAAUAAUAUGUACAGAGUCGGAGAUUAUGUGUAUUUUGAGACGUCGUCCACAUCACCAUAUCAAAUUAGAAGAAUAGAAGAAUUGAACAAGACCCCAAAUGGCAACGUGGAGGCCAAGGUGAUGUGCUUCUACAGACGGCGGGACAUCUCCUCCAACCUCAUCAUGCUGGCAGACAAACAUCAGAGUGCCUUAGACGAAGAUGAGAGUGAAGGUGAAGGGGGUGAUUCUGGGUCCACUAUUGUAACUCCAGCUGGUGAGGUCCUCAACUCAGGGGAGCGCCAUCAACUUCGGCACCGCGAGCUCUUCCUCUCCCGACAGAUAGAAACCCUCCCUGCCACGCACAUAAGGGGCAAGUGCACUGUCACGUUACUCAACGAGACAGAGUUGCUCUUGGCCUAUCUCAAUAAAGAGGAUACUUUCUUCUACUCUCUUGUAUAUGACCCUCAGCAAAAGACAUUGUUAGCAGAUAAAGGUGAAAUUAGAGUUGGUUCAAGAUUUCAAGCAGAUAUUACAAACCUAUUAAAAGAAGGAGAAAGUGAUGGUCGUAAUAUGGAAGAAUUAGAAAGUCUGGUCUGGACCCCAUACCAUGGUUUAACAGACCGCCAAAUAGACCAGUUCUUAGUGAUGUCACGGUCAGUAGGGACUUUUGCCAGAGCCUUAGACUGCUCAUCAUCAGUCAAGCAGCCAUCACUGCAUAUGAGUGCGGCAGCUGCAUCGAGAGACGUCACAUUAUUCCAUGCCAUGGACACUUUACACAAGCACAACUAUGACAUCAGCCAAGCAUUAUGUUCCCUAAUACCUGCCACGGGGCCUGUCCUCUGUCGAGAUGAGAUGGAAGAGUGGUCAGCCUCUGAGGCAAACCUGUUUGAGGAAGCCCUUGAAAAGUAUGGCAAGGAUUUCAAUGACAUCAGACAAGAUUUUCUGCCUUGGAAAACUCUAAAGAAUAUAAUAGAGUACUACUAUAUGUGGAAAACAACAGAUAGAUACGUACAGCAGAAAAGAGUGAAGGCUGUUGAGGCAGAGUCCAAAUUAAAGCAGGUUUACAUUCCUAACUAUAACAAGCCAAAUCCAGCAGCUCUCUCCAACGGUAAAACAUCGAUGGUGAAUGGAAAUGGAACUGAUGUGUCUGUAUCUGGCAAGGCCUGCGAGUCCUGUCAUACAACAAGCAGCAGUCAGUGGUAUGCCUGGGGCCCAUCUCACCUCCAGUGCCGACUAUGUAACUCUUGCUGGCAAUACUGGAAGAAGUUCGGAGGACUAAAGCUUCCCUCCCGCAUAGGCAGAGAAGAAGAACGACUGCACAGUGGCAGUCGUUCACAGCGGUGUAAUGUAGGUGGGUGUGGACGAGAGUACAAGACACGAUCGCAGUUAAUUCGCCACGCUGCCCAAGCACAUGGAGUGGCUCUCCGAGCUGGCUCCCCAAGACCCAUCAUGAAAACUCGAGCAGCCAUCAUGGUACACACUAGCCUUCCCAUUCGUGUUAUGCGUCGCCUUUGUCAAGACAUCAUCCAACCAAGGAAAGCUUGUCGCAAUCCAACUUGGCCCAUCAAUGCAGCAAAUAUUCGACAAGAGAGUCUCCAGCGGAUGGGUGGGAAAUCCUUUGAAGAUUUUGCGUACCUGGUUAAGAGGGGGACGGGGCGGCGACGAGGGAGAGUGUCUCACGUGUCUAUCCGCUUAGGCCAAAAGGACCUGGCUUGCCCCGCAUGGAUGCUCCCCACGGACAAGUUGCUCCUCCCAAAACAACCUCACAUAGCAUUCCCAAAACCUCCCAAGGGACCAGAUGGCAGUCUGAUAUACACACCAGUACCCAACAGAGAGCUUCCUGUUGUCAAUAACACCUCACCAACUUUGCUAAAGCGAAGGGCCUACGAGGAGAUCAAUGGAAUGGACGAGGGCGAAUUGGAAGAAGGACUCCAGCCACCAAAGCGGUUAAAGGAGAUGGAGGCUCUGGACUCCUUGCGCCUGAACCAGCUUGGGGUGAACCCACCCCCGGGCUUGACGGUCACGCCGGUGGGGGUGAACGGGAGUCCCGGCUUGACUCCGCCGGUGGCCCCGACGCCUCCACCCCUGAUGGCGGGGGUCCCCAACCUGGGCACCCCGAACACCCCUGGGCGGGCCAAGAUAGCAACAGUGUCGAGGGUGGGAGGCCGCCCCCGGAUCAUCUCUUGGAUGGAUGCCCCUGAUGAUGUGUACUUCUACGCCACAGAGUCAACCAAAAAAUUGCGUAGAAGUUUAACUACGAAUGACCUGAAGCGGGCAGCCCGAAGACCCUGGAAGAAGAUCGUAGAGAAGGAGCCAUCGCCAUCCACCCCAACCCCCACAACCACACCAACCCCCACCCCCACGCCAACCCCCAUCACCCCCUUCACACACCUUACGAGCGACUGAUCCAGCCAGGACGAGGACACAACCCCGCCCCAACCCAAACCCUCUGCGCCGAUGAGCUAAGAGAACGACAACACAUUCCCUGCUGGAGUGCGCGUGGGAUUCCUCAACGGAUGUCCCCCCAAAAGUGGCUUGUUUUCAAUGACCGUGUGCCCCAACAGUGACUUGAGCGUGUUUGUGUGUGCAAGCCGGACACCCAAAGCAGCAUGUCGGACUGCUGCCGUUUUGGCUUGAUAGGCAAAGUGUUGUUGUGGAGGACUUUUUAAUUCCAGGAGAGGACGGCCAGACUCUCUCUUCUCUCUCUCUCUCUCUCACACCCCAAAUGUGCGUUAGAAUCCAGUACGUACCAUUAACAGAAACUGAGUGGCACAGUGGUGGUCCCCCCAAGCCAGUGUUACCACCCAGAUAGGGGACUAGGAGCACUGCCUGUAACUGGAUACCAAUUAUUAUUUCAAAAGCCUUUUUUAGGGCCAAAUGAUUUAUCUUCAUUAAAUAAAAUGUUUAUUAAUUGACCCGAGGAGUUUGGAGUUUGCUACAAUUACCUUUAUGAAGAAGAAGAAGAAGGAAGUCUUGAAGACGGAAGAAUCAAAGUUCAAAACCUCUUAAUGCUAAGUGAGAGGAAUUUUGUGUGAGUGAAGCUUAAAACACAGAGAGGGCUUGUGCAAGCUGGUGGAUCUGCAGACUAGUUCCAUAGGGUGACUCUUGUGUAGUUAUGGUGUGAAUCUGUGAGGAGUACCUGAGGAGAAGCAACAUCCAAGAUGGGGCUUUUCUAAUGAUCUGAUCUGACAGGAUUAAUGAGGUAACGGAUGAUGAUAAGAAUGAAGAACAUUGUUAUAAAAGUACUGUGGAAUUCCCAAGAUUGUUAAAAAAAGAGGGUUGGUUUGUAUGAGUGAUGAGUGAUUAAUCCAUUAUUGACAAAAGUAAUCUGUAAAAAUACAAAAACAAACAAACAAAAAAUAAAAUGACAAGAAGAGAUGCUGUGAGUAGGAAGAUGGAAUGGAUAUAGGCUGGCACUCAAGUUGCCAGAUGUUCCCUGGAACCACCACCCAAAGUUCAAAGUGAAAGAUAAGAAUAACUUCAACCACCACCCAUACUAUUUUUUAUUCAGACUCUUUUGUGUACAUAUGGUUGCCGCAUGUUCAUCAUGAAAUUUUCAGUGAUUCGUAGUGAUAUUAGUGAUAACCUGUGUAAUUUGUAUUUUGUCCAGUUGAACAUUUACUGCACCAGUAUCAAUUUUUUUUUUCUUUUCUUUUCUUUUUUUUUCUCUCUCUUAUUUAUUUUUUUAACAUAAUUUGACUGGGUAUGAAACAUCCACCAAUGCUGUGUCAUGAUCACAUGCAACAUGCACCCCCAGGUUCCAGAAAUGACCCUUUGACAGCUGCAAUUUGCAAAGCAAGACAGCAGAAUGGAUGCGUACUGGCAGGGAAGAAUUAAAAGUAUGCUGCCAAGGGUCAGUCAAGCGUCUCCAUUACAAUCCAUCUUUUUACUGUAGUCUGUACUUCCAGUGUCUCCCCCCCACCCUACCCCACCCUCAAUCCAGCACACCUCAGUUCCAGGAUUUACUGCCUAAUUAUUUUUUUUCUACUCACUUUCUUGCCUUUAAUCUCUUGUUUCAGUGAUUUUAUCCUUACUCAUAAUUUCUGUAUUAUUUAGCUUUUUUUUUUUUCUUUGAAUUUAAGUUAUUUAUUAUGUUUCUGCAACUUAAAUCAGACUUAUAAUAAUUUACUUGUAAGCAGAGAUUGUAAUUACAAUUUGAUUUCUUUCACUGGCCUUUAGAUUUUUUUUCUUUCUUUUUUUCUUUCUCUUUUUUCUUUCCUUUUUCAUCUGUGAUGGUAUGGAAUUUGUUAUUGGUCAGCCAGGACAGUGAGAAUCCCUUGUCUUUGGGAAAUGUAAUGUCACUUGACAUAGGGAUGAACAUCACUUCACAUUCUUCUACAUUUUUGUUUGUUUUAUUUUUUAUUUUUUAUUUUUUUACUUGUUGGAUAUGAUAAUUACAUUUCUAUGUCCUGCAAUGGGUUUACAUGCUGCUAUAUUCCAAGGUAUUUGUUUUUAACACAGUAAAUGAUGAAUUACUUCUCGUACAAUGACUUUAAAUAUUUACUCUAGUCUACAAUUGCAUAAUUUACUUUUCUAGAGUAGGAAUCUCGACAAAUUCAAGUGACGAUAGGUAUUUUUAUAGUAAAUGUAAAUCCCGAUAAAGUGUAUAGCAGCUGUGGUGCCCAUGCCUGUCCUAAAAAUUUAUCCUUUGAUGGGUCAUGUGUGAUACAGAGACCCAAACCUCAAAUCUAAAGAGGAGGAGUUGUGAUGGAUGGAAUUAAAAAAAAUAAAAAAAUAAAGAAAUGGAAAAACAACCAGACACACUGUCAUUAAUUUUGUAUUAAUAAGAUAAUUAUUUCUGUUCUGUACUUAGUUCAUUCAUUCAUUCAGCCCUCUACAAUACAUAGAUAGACUUUGUAA